AUGAGCGUUAGUUGGGAUACUAUUCUCUUGUCAAACCCGGUCUUACUAGAGAAAAUCGACAAGCUCCGCGACUUGAAUAUUGGUCAACAUGUGCCUCUCCCUCAGCUUGUUGUUGUUGGAGACCAAAGCUCUGGUAAAUCCUCCUUACUGGAGAGCUUGAGUGGAAUUCCGUUCCCCAAAGACCAAAGCCUUUGCACCCGCUAUGCGACACAGAUUACAUUUCGACGCGACAGCGAGGAUCGCGUUGAGAUACGUAUUAUUCCGGGCCCACACGCGUCAGACGAGCAUAGAAAGCAUGUUGAGGGAUUUCGCUUGCAGGUCGCUUCUGGUUUAAAAUUUCGGGAGCAGUUUGUAGACAUUUUGAAGAAGGUGAAUGAAAGAAUGGGUCUGCGGGCCGAUGUCUCGACCGGACACGGUACCGUGUUCAGUGAAGACAUUCUCAAAAUCGAGGUGUAUGGGCCUUCCGUGGACUACUUGACCAUCAUUGAUGUCCCAGGAAUCUUCCGCACCACCAUGCAAGGAACCACCAAGGAAGAUAUGAUCUUGGUGAGGGACCUGGUUAAAAGUUACAUCAAGGAGAGUCGCACUAUUAUCCUAGCGGUGCUCCCGAGCAAUGUCGACAUUGCGACCCAAGAGAUCUUGGAGCUUGCUGAAGAUUACGAUAAAAAUGGUGUGCGCACGCUUGGCGUGCUCACAAAGCCCGACUUGGUACUCGAAACUACUGCCCAGACUGCUGUAUGUGACCUUGUUUGGGGCAAGAAACGGCCGCUCGCUCUUGGCUACUUUCUUGUCCGAAAUCGUGGAGCAAAUAGCGGCACAGUUGAGCAGGCAGAACUGGAUCAUAUUUUCCGACAGCAGCCAUGGAAUGAUCUUCCACAAGAUCGAGUAGGUAUCAAAAGCCUCAGGGAGAUGCUGGCGUCGCUUCUGGUGGAAAUCACUCGACGCGAAUUUCCCAAAUUGAUCCGGGAUGUCAGCGAUCAAAUUAGGGAUUGCAAAAGAGAACUAGACAGCCUUGGACCGCCUCGUCAGGACGAACGCGAGCAACGCAGCUUCCUUAGUCACAUUGCUGGGGCUUUCCAAGAUCGUGCCAGAGCGGCAUUAGCAGCCGACUAUAAUGCAGACCCAGUCUUUGAUCAAGACGAGCUCCGUCUCAUCACUCACGUGGUGAACAUCACAGAUGUUUUCAAUGCAGAUUGUAAACAGGUUGCCCAUUCACGGCGCUUUGAGAAUAUCGGACUGUCUGGAACAUCUGAGGACUCUGAGGCCUCUUAUGACACCAAUUGCGAAGAAGAGCCAGUAGAAUCGAUGAUAGAAAUUCUACGAGCGCUACUCCAAAAGGCACGAAUAAACGAUUUUACUCUGGAGGAGCUCGUUGAACUCGAUGACAUCAUUGUCCUUCCAAGUGCUUUGCCCUUCCCGGCUGAAGAUAUUACUGGAUGGAUAAAUGGCGUCUAUUUGCGUUCUAGAGGUCUAGAUCUCGGGACAUUCAACACAAACUUGGUUUCCGUGGCCUUUGCAGAGCAAUCGCGCAAAUGGGGCGAGAUAACCAAGACAUAUAUGAGCAGAAUUAUUGUCACUGUUCAUCGUUUCAUAAAAGCCGCACUAUGUACCAUCUGCUCGGAGGAGAAAGCCCGUGACCAGUUGUGGUCCGCGAUCCUCGAGAGCCUACUCGAGCGCUAUAAGAUGGCAAUGGCCCAGGCGAGCCUACUGAUUGAAGUCGAGCAGCGCAAGCACCCUUACACUCUCAAUCGACAGUUUAACGAAGAUCUCUCUAGGGCUCGGGGCUACCGAAUUACUGAACUACUUCGCCCAAAGGCUAGAAAAGACACCAAGCAGUUCGGAGAGCUUCAAUACAUGGUGAACUUGGACGACAUUGCCAAAGCUGCCGAAGGCAAGCGCAAUGUGGAACAGUUGCAAGAAGAAAUCCAUGACAAUCUCCGUGCUUAUUACGGCCUGGCGCUGGACCGAUUCAUCGACAAUGUCUUUCAGCUCGCCGUUGAUCACCACCUUCUGCAUGGGCCUUCCAGCCCCUUGAAAGUUUUCAAUCAGGAAUGGGUCAUCAACCUAGAACCAGAGCAACUUGAGCAAAUUAUCGGCGAAACGAAAUUGGCCAAGAAGCGUCGUUUGAAACUUGCGAAGAAGAUUGAAGAUUUAUCCAAAGCCUUGAAAAUCCUCAGAACCUAG